CAAUAAUACCUUCCAAUCACACAGAAGCUUAGCGUUUGGGUCCUGCCUUCCAAAACUCUGUGGUGGCUCAAUUGGCCUCUGAAACACCAUCCACUGGUAUGUGCAUGUAAAGAUAUGUUGCUGAACUUGAUUAUAGAGUCUCCACCUUCAGAAGAAUCACGAGAAAACCAAACGGGACAAGCUGGUUCAGAACAGAGUAUCAGAAACAGAGAGGAGAACACAUCGAGGCCACUGCAAAAUGCAGUGCAUUUGUGUGAUGGCUCUGUUCCUCCACUACACUCUUUCAGAGGAGCUCCAGGUAAGGGGUCCAGAUACUGCCCUUUCUGCCCCAGCUGGAUCUGAUGUAGUUCUGCCAUGCUCUUUACAACCCAACACCAGUGCUUUGAACAUGAGAGUUGAGUGGUCCAGACUAAACUCGCAAGUGCAUCUCUACAAACACAACAAGGAAAUAAACAAUGACCAAGAUCCAUUUUACAGAGGGAGGACUGCUUUAUUUAAAGAUGAGCUACCACAAGGCAAUGUCUCACUGCUUCUGUCCAAAGUUAGAGUGUCUGAUGAGGGAAACUAUUCAUGUUCAAUUGAGAAUGGGAACAGUGUGUUUGGUAACUGCAUCGUCCAAGUGAGAGUUGAAGUUGUUGGAACCCACCCAGAGAUUACUGUGGAGAGGUCAGUUUACUGUGAGGUCAAUUUACUGUGUGAAACUAAAGGCUGGUGGCCUAAACCUGAUCUUCAGUGGCUGGACAGAAAUGGAAACAGCCUGACUGGAGUUACAGAGACACACAGAGACACAGAGAGCUUCAGUGUGAAACAUCGCAUCACUGUACCAAACAAUGACGGCGACAGGUUCCACUGCAGAGUGAAACAGAGGGAUCACAUGAUGCAGGCAGAUAUUACCAUCUCAGGCAAUGCCUGGAAGACUGCAUUUGUUUGGAUUACAGUCCUUGCUCUAGGAGUUCUUGGACAAAUGGGAUUUAUCUUUUGGAGAGAGAGAGCACAAAUCCAAAAUGUGUGGCAAGUCCAAACAUACCUAAGUAGAAGAGGUGAUGGUCGUCUCCAUGGAACCAGGCUUUCUACUAUUCAGUGGUCACUUGUGCAGGUUGUGUUGCUCAGCACAAAAGAGGACAGGAAUGAGUUCAACCUCAGUAAAUAUGGCUCAUCAGAGGAAUGUCUUUUGAGACUGCUACCAGUGGUACAAGCCUCCAGAAAAGCUGUGCUGGAACGCUGCAAUAUUACAGAUAAAGGCUGUGCCGCUCUGGUUUCAGCCCUAAAAUCAAAUUCAUCAGAACUGAGAGAGCUGAACCUGAACUACAAUAAACCUGGAAAGUCAGGCCUGAAGCUGCUCUCUGAUCUACUAAAGGAUCCACAGUGUAAACUAGAGAAACUACAGUUGAGCGCAUGUAACCUCACAGAGAAAGGAUGUGCAGCUCUGUUCUCAGCUCUCAGCUUGAAUUCAUCAAGUCUGAGAGAACUGAACCUGAGUUACAAUGAACUGCUGUGGGAUUCAGGAGUAAAACUGCUCUCUGCUGAACUGGAGAAUCCACACUGUAAACUGGAGAUACUGGGGCUGUGUGGCUGUAAUCUCACUGUGAAAAGUUGUGCAGCUCUGGCCUCAGCUCUCAGCUCAAUCUCCUCAAGUCUGAGAGAACUGAACCUGAGUGACAAUAAGCAGCUGCAGGAUUCAGGAGUGAAGCUGCUCUCCGCUGGACUGGAGAAUCCACACUGUAAACUGGAGACACUGAGGCUGUGUGGUUGUAAUCUUACAGAGGAAAGCUGUGCAGCUCUGGCCUCAGCUCUCAGUUUAGAAAAAUCUAGUCUGAGAGAACUGGACAUGAGUAAGAAUAACCUGCAUGAUUCAGGAGUGAAGCUGCUCUCUGUCGGACUGGAGAAUCCACACUGUAAACUGGAGAUACUGAGACUGGAAUGGUGCAGUAUUACUGUUGUAGGCUGUGCUGUUCUGGCUUCCUCUCUGAAAUCAAUGUUCUCUCAGCUUAGAGAGCUGAACCUAAACUGUAAUAAACCAGGAGAGUCCGGAGUGAAGCUGCUCUCUGUUCUGCUGGAGGAUCCACACUGUAAACUGGAGAAAUUACAGUUGCGGGAUUGUAAUCUUACAGAGAAAAGCUGUGCAGCCCUGGCAUCGGCUCUUAGCUCAAAUUCCCCAGGUCUGAGAGAUCUGGACCUGAGUAACAAUAACCUGCAGGAUUCAGGAGUGAAGCUGCUCUCUGCUGGAAUGAAGAAUCCACACAGUAAACUGGAGACACUGAGGUUAUGGCGUUGUAAUCUCACAGAGAAGAGCUGUGAAGUUCUAUCCUCAGCUCUCAGCUCAAACUCCUCAUGUCUGAGAGAACUGAUCCUGAGUUACAAUGAACUUCUGCAGGAUUCAGGAGCAAAGCUGCUCUCUGCUGGACUUGAGAGUCCACACUGUAAACUGGAGAAGCUGGAGUUGGAACACUGCAGUAUUACAGAAGAAGGCUGUACUGCUCUGGUUUCAGCUCUGAAAUCAAACACCUCAUCGCAUCUGCGAGAGUUGAACCUGAAAUGGAAUAAACCAGGAGACUCAGCAAUAAAGGAGCUCUCUGCUCUACUGGAGGAUCAACACUGUAAACUGGAGACACUACAGUAUGUUGCUCUCUCUGUAUACACACACAUUUUGUUUAAUAUUAACAUUUAGCACUGUAAUCCGAUCAAUCAGAUCACCUCCAGAGGUGCUUAGUAGGGCUUUAGUACUCAAGGCUGGUCUCAGAUUCGAUUCUACACUCAAGACAUUUUUUAAUCAUCUCUGACUUAUCUCAGUCUCAGCCAUCAGUCUGGCUAAAUUUAUCUGCUCUCCAGAUUUUUUUUACUAAAAUGCUGGGAUUAGACUACACAAUAUUUUUUGUCUUUCAUGAUGGAUUAGGCUAUCAUAGUGCCAUAAAUUUGUGCAGUGUCUAUGACAGGAGACUGGCAACACUACAAGUUUGAUGCCAACCAGUCAUUGUUCACAUCCUUGGACAAGUUCAUAGGUCUUCAGGGAGGAUAAGUGUUCAAAUCAUAAGUGUUCAGUGGUGAAACAAUUGAAACAUGAAAAUGCAGAGUUUAAACAGUUAUGUUUUGCAGUUCACUUGUGAUCAGAUCACUCAAGAUGUUAAUACCAGGUAUGAACAGGAUCUCUCUUACUUUCUUAGUCACUGAGAGACUACUCAAUACUUAAAACAUUUAAAUUCAUCCAAAAGCAUGCAAAUUUUCUCAAUUACAUCAAAAUAUAUUUUGAACUGUUUCUCUAUUUACUGUCCCAUAUCUUACUUUCUUAUCACACUGUACUGAUUAUAUCUUAUUAUUCUCUUCUAUUCUUUAUUUUACAGCACCAGGACAUCAUUCUUAUUCUGAUUUAUGAGGAGAGGAUGGCAAACACACAGUAGUCCAUUGUUCUACAUGGUACCAUGUGUGUUUGGUGUCUGAUUGGUCAAACUUAUGAUCACCAAACCUAUGUACUUUCUCCAUGACAUCAUUUCCUGUGCACUUCAUGUUGGUGGAUGACCUAAUAUUGGUGAUGACACUUCUGUGCUCAAAGGCAUUGGGAAUACAUCAAAAAAUUCUUACAAUUACCCCUUUACUUUUCAUUUAAUUUGCAUUUCAUUACAAUAUUAAAUGAGUGAGUGUGAUGUUUACAGGGUUCCUAUGGAUACUUAGAGUUUUACAAAAUCUUACAUGUGAAAAGUUUAAUGACAUGAAAUGUCAAGGUGGACUAAACUGAGAAGAAUGUAGCCACUCCACUACAGGUGGACAUUAACAGAGCUUUCAUACUACACAAGAGGAUUUCCUGGCCUUAAACAUGAUGGGGGAUUAUUUAAGUUAAUUUAAUAUAUAGAAAGAAAAAAGAAAGCGAAAGAGAAGAAAAAUUUUAGGCAAAGAGAAUUUAACAUGUUCAUGUCAUUUUCGGAUGCAUGUUCUGGGAUUUACAUUUUUCACCUGAACAGCAGGGGGCGCCAGAGCGUCAGUACAGUGGGGGUAAAUGUCUGCUGUAGCUUCUGUGAGAAUUCUGCUUUGCUAUUUGUAGGUAUUUUAUUCUCUCUGUGCUGAUUUUCUUGUCAGUUUUUGUGUGCUUUUGUUAUAUUUAGAGUUUCAAACAUUGGGGUGUUUUACUGUGAUUUGUUUUGUGUUGCUUAAUUAAAACCACUUUUUAGGAACCUCCACUACAUCCUGGUCUGCAUUUGUAUGCAAAAUUUAAGGGAGCUGAACUGUGAUAUAUAAAUAACUCUUCUUAUCUUGGCUUAGUUUAUAGCUUUCAUUUGCUUAGUUACUGUAAUAUAUCGGAAUACAUAAGA